UAAUUUAGUUCUCAUUGAUGUUCAGUUUUAUGCCAUAUCACUGGUAUGGGUGGAUGUUGACGUUAUUGCAUGCCAUUUAGUUCUCAUUGGUGUUAGCUUCACCACUAUGUGUAGGCAUUGCCAUUAUG